CCGCCCCCCCGACCUUGCCUCCGGCUGUGGGUCUCAGAGCCCGGGCGGGACCCCGGCGGCGGAGCGUGGGCUGAGGACCACGGGGCGGUGGCGUGGGAGACCUCGGCGGGCGGAGAGGGGGGGAUGGAGCGGGGCAGGCACUGGCAGACCUCCAGCCUCGGAGGAAAAAUCCUGUCUGGGGGUCCCUGAGGCUGUCCCCUGCUUGGGAGGGUCAGGGUGUGCGUGGAAGAUGCCGGGUUUGCUGCAAUGCCCCAUUUGGGAAGGUUUUUUUAAACGCAAACCCGGGUUCUGUGGCCAGAGCUGGUUUGUGCUGAAACUGUGGCUGGCCAAGCACGCCCCAUCCCAAAGGGAUGCAGCUGGUGCUGGGGUGGAGCAGGCGCAGUGGGUGCCCUCGGGAUCCUCACGGGUCACCCUCGGGACAGGAGGAAACCAGAAAGAGCACGGGAACUCGCGGAGGGGUUUCUCCCUGGUGCCUGGGUUGGGACGGGUUGGUGGUGACCCUGACCUGGGUAUGGAGAGGCAACCCAGGGUGGCCGGGUGCCAGGAGGUGGCAGGGGCAGGGUGGGGCAAUCCCAGCAUUGACGCCUUCCCCGGCAAGCAGCUUCUCAGCAAUCACAGCUGAAACUUAAACAAACCAUAAAGCCCCAAGGGGCUGACACUGUGUAGCUGAGCCCUGCAGCAGACCUGUGUGCGCAAAGGUGCCAGAGGAAAGGGUAGGGUAGGCUGGGUGGCCCCACGCCCCAACAACACUGACAACUCCUCCCUGUGCCCAGGCACCCACCGGAGGUGCCGCAAUGGAGCUGGGGAACAUCUCGCAGCCCGUGUACGGCCCUGGCCCCGAGGCGCCAGGGAGCAGCACCCCCGGCCUGGUGGGGAUGGUUCAUGGCUUCCUGCGGCUGGUGCAGCCCAACGCCCUGCCCGUAGAACUCAUUGCAGAUUUUGGGCAGUCACAGAGUGAGAAGGCCAUUGGGAAGCAGCAAGUCGAGGAGCUGCUGAUCUACGAAACGGGUUUCCUGGUCUGUACGGCCAUCGGGCUCCUCUUCAUCAUCCUUGUGCCCCUGGUGGGAUGCUGCUUCUGCUGCUGCCGCUGCUGCGGGAACUGCGGGGGCCGCAUGUACCAGAAGCAGGACCGGCGGACGGGCUGCCGGCGCCAGGCGCUCUGGGUCUCCGUCCUGCUGGUCUCUGCUCUCCUCCUGGCUGGUGACGUCUGCGCCUUCAUCAGCAACACCCGCUUCUCCCAGGCUGUGCAUGGCACCUUCCCCAACGUCAACAACACCGUGGACAAUGCCCACACCUACCUGGCCUCCAUCCCCCAGCAAGUCAAUUUUAUCAUCGACAGCAGCGAUAUCCCACUGGGCCAUGCCAACCACAGCCUCCAGGACAUUGGGCCCAACCUGGGCGGCAUGAUCAUCUCAGGCAUCAGGAGCAGCAUGGAUGAGGCUCUGGGAUCCCUCCAGGGCCUCUUGCAAGGGAUGGAGACGCUGGCGGCCACAUUUGUCAGCAUUGCCGACACUCGCUCGCACCUUGAGGAGCUGCAGAGCAACUACAGCCAGCGGCUGGCCAGCCUGCGUGACGGCCUCAACCAGAGCCUGCAGCACUGCGGCCACCCCUGCGGCAACGUGUCCCUGGACGGCCUUGCCUUCAGCACCAACUUCACCUUGAUCCCCAGUGUGGAGCAGCAGCUGGAGGUGCUGGAUGGUGUGUCUGACUCCAACAUAACGGCUGAUUUAGAGGAGGUUAACAGCACGCUGUACACGAUCCCUGCCAAGGUGCAAGAGCAGUCCCAGGACAUUGUGACAAAGACCCAGGACCAGCUGGGCCUCAUCAAGCAGGAGAUCAGGAGCUUGCAGGAGCAGUUGCCGCUCCUGGAUGUGGAGGAGAAUGUUGGGACCUUUUUGAGCGAUGCCACGUCAGUGCUGGAGAAGUACAGGGAGCCGACCAUCAGUGUGGAUUGGCUCAGGUGGAGCGUGUGUGUCCUCUUGUGCUGCAUGGUGCUGCUGGUGGUUCUCUGCAAUGUCAUGGGACUGCUGCUGGGACCCCUGGGGCUGAAGGAAAGUGUGCUGCCCACACAGCGCAGCUGUGUCUCCAAUGCUGGCGGGAACUUCUUCAUGGCAGGGGUUGGCUUCAGCUUCAUCUUCUCCUGGCUGCUGAUGCUGCUGGUGCUGAUCACCUUUGUGCUGGGGGGGAACACCUACAUGCUCGUCUGUGAGUCCUGGCACAACCAGCAGCUCUUCCAGCUUGUGGACACCCCUGGCUUGAUCCCUGGCUUCAACCUAUCAGAACUGUUGGGCCAGGAGGGUGGCACAACAAACUUCUCAGAGAUUUACAGGCAGUGCCAGCAAGACACUGCCCUGUGGCAAGCGCUGCACCUGGACCAGAGCGUGUCCCUGGAUGAGCUCUUGAACAUCAGCCAGUACACAGGAGAGAUCUCCACAGCCUUUGAGAAGGUGAACAUCACCCUGAGCCCCAUCUUGCUGCUCAAAGAGAGCCAGAGAGACUUGCUGCUGAACGCCAGCCGGGCAGGGCAGCCCCCCAAUUUCACCUCCACCCUGGAGCAGCUGGAUCAGAGUGUGACACAGGGAAGCCUCUUGGAUCUGGCCACAGAGCUGGAGCAGCUGGCAGACAAUGGGGGCACAGGUAUGGAAGACACUGCAAAAAAGGAGCUGAAGGAUUAUGCUCGCCAGCUGAGGGAGCUGGGCAAGGAAAUACAGACGAGCUUCUCUGGGCCACUGCAAAGCCUGAAGGAGAACAUCCACUUGGUGCAGAGUGGGGCUGCCCAGCUCAAGGCACAGACGGAAGCUGCACUGGAUAAAGUCAGCAAAACCCAGGAGUUCCUGGAGAAGGAGAUGGCAAACAUCAUCAAGAACGAAACGUGGGCCUUCCUGGAGCAGCUGUUGGACUUCUUUGAGACCUACAUCUCCUGGGCCAAGAGCAGGCUGACGGGAGAUGUGGCACGUUGCAAGCCCAUAGCUCAGACCCUGGAUAACGUGGAGGCCAUCACCUGCAACUACAUCCUGGACUCUCUGAACGCCUUCUGGUUCAGCCUGGGAUGGUGCACCUUCUUCCUGCUGCCCAGCAUCAUCCUGGCAGUGAGACUUGCUAAGUUUUACCGCCGCAUGGACAUUGCUGAUGUCUACAGGAAUGAAACCUUGGAGCUGCCACCCACCUUCAACUUUUACAAAAUCCCCCGGCCAUCCACAAGGCAUUAGCCCCUGUUGCCCACGGCACAGGCAUGGAAUAGAUGGACACGGCUGCCCCAUCUGCUGCACCUUCUCCCUGGGUUCUGGGGAGCAGGUUGAGAACCCCACCUGAAACCCGGUCCCUAAUAUGUGAUGAUACUCUGGUAGGUGUGGGAGGGGAGCUGCCCCUUGCACUGUUCCAGGUGGGACUUCAGCACCCCCACACCAGACCCCUUGGGCUCAGGGCAGCUUGUACUGUCCAUGCCACUGCAGCCUGUGCUGCUGGACAGCAGGAACCUGCUCGUCCACGCCCCUUGCUUGAAAAAUGUGACUAUUUAUUUUUGCAAGGUGCCUGACUCUUUCCGCGGCUGUGAUUUUUUCUGUGUCAGACAAUAAAUGGGGUGUUUGUGCACACUGAA